AUGCUUUACAAAAGGUAUCUCAGUUGAAAUGGUCGGGAUUUCCAACUUUUUGCUCUAUUCCUAAAAAUUAUCAAAAUUCAAUUUGUCCUUUUCUUUAUUCUCAAAAUGAAAGGAAGCGUUUUCUCUUCAAUCGACCCCUUAUUAGUUACACAAUAGCUCUGCUGCUGGGACCAUAUGGGACGUCCCUCUUGAAUGAAUUAUAUAAUGCGGGCCUCAAAGAUACAAUCCCAAACAAACAAAACCAGAAUGAAAUUUUAAAGCUUCAGUGUCAGAGGGCUUUAUCUAAAAGCAAUGAAGAUGUAAUUUUGAACGGAGCUGCGAAAGGAAUUCAUAAAUAUAUAUUUUUAUAGUUGAUAGAAGCAGCAUCAAUGUUUAAUCAAGCUUCUGGAAAAUCUAGCCGAAAGUUCCUAUUUCAACCUUCUAUUUCUCUGAUUGAAUGAAAAACAUUACAUUGACCGCCUCGAAGCAAUUUUAGAGCGGCUACUCUACUUUAAACGAUAGCGGACCCUAAUUAGGGCAUAAUUGCGAACGUUGGUGACCGAUGGCUAAUGCGUUUAACAAUUCGCGUUAACCCGUCUGCUCAGAACGUCUCAAUUGUCAACACCAUUCUCAAAAGCUUUAUCGGUUUCUCCGGCAUCAUUUUGAACUGAAUGUGAGUGAAAAAAACUUUUUUUUUUAAACAUCGAAAUAGUUUAAUAGACUAAAUUGUAAAUCUGUAUGAAAACUCUUUUGAGAAAAUCUAGCUGAAAAUUCUGAUUUCAACCUGUGUUUUUUUUUAGAGCAUUCGAGAAAGAGUAUCUACGCGAUUUUUUUUUCUGUUUUAAACAUUUUUUCAAAUGAAAAUUCAUUUCAAAUAGUCUAUUAGUUCGGAAAUUGGAGAAGUAUGAGGGAUUUCACAUUUUUCAAUUUGCAAAAAUCCUUCUCAAUACAAAUCAUUGUAAAAAAAACUCUAUCGGUGAAGCUCGUUCGACGCAAAUACCGAUUUUUAACAUUCGUUAAGCGAGCUUUAUUUCGGGAGAGGGGUUAUAUUUCAAACAUAAUUUAUCAUUUUGCUAUAUUUUGUUUCUAGUGUAGUAUAUAUGAUAAUAAGUUUGCUUCUAAUUUUUUCGGUUUUUAGAUAUGCGAAUCGUGAAAAACUUUGAUUCGAAAAGUUUCAGCAACGAAACGCGGAUCAAUAACUAGAAAAUGAAAGAAAUUUACAGCUUUUGUCUCAUUGGAUGCUACUUUUAUUUAAAAAAUAUUUAAGAUUUUUUCUUCUCAAAUACUAUUUUUUUAAACUAAAAUCAUUCCAUUUGAAAGGAUUUUGUUGACGCUUUCAAGUCAACUUGCUAAUUUGUUUCCGUCUUCGACUUGUGUUGCUUCUCUUCAGGAUUUUCUCUCGAGAUAUUUUUUCUCCAAAAAGUUUCAAUUUCAUUUUCUUCCAAUAGGGUUUGAAUAUUUUUGUCAGAUAAAGUCGUUAAUAUAUUUUGGGAUUCUUUCACAGAAAACCUUCCCUAGGUAUUUCAAAGCUGGGAUGUAUGCAUGAAGAAACAUAAGCGAAUGCGAUUGCAGUCAUUUAUCGUUUUUACCUUAUCACUUUUUUCUCCACUUUCAGAUUACGCAUUACCUUGUCAAACCCUGUAAACCUUUUUUCACCGCUCAAGAGCGUUUUCCUUUCAAACUAAUUCAGACUGAAUUAUUUUUUUGAAUCUGCUUAGAAACGUAGGAAGCUUCGAAUAUCGACGAAUUUUUAAACUCUUAAGAGAGCUAGCUGGUUUCCGAAGCCGCAAUCAAAAAUGAAAAAAAGAAGAGCAGGUGUGGUUUGAAGCUGGCAGCUUUUCAAUGGGUUCAACAUGUGUGUGGCGUGUAUGUGUAGUUUUUUUCAGUGUAAUAUCCGCCAGAAGCGGCUCUUUUCAUUCUGAUUCGCUAGCACAUUAGCUCCAAAAAAAUUUUGUUUUCCAAAUCUCCCAUUUAUCAAAGUCUUUUUUCAUUAUUCAUUAACUAAAAAAAGAUUGCAUGAAAUCUCUCUUUUUGUAAAUAUCUAUUAGAAGAAGUACCGGGUUCAAUGGUUUUCGCGAAAUUAAAAAUCAUCUCUGGCUCUCCAAAAUUUAUGCCGUGUUCAAUUUAAUUUCGCGAAAUGCAAAAAGAUCUCUGACUCUCCAAAAUUUAGUGAUCUUUUCCUUUCUCUAACGGGUAUUUCGCAUUUCGCGGAAUCAAAUUGAACACUGCAUUAGUUAUCAUUUUAACUUUCUGACGGCUAUUUUAAUUUUCACGAAAUCACUUUGAACAUACCCUUUUUAUACUUUUUACGAAAUUCCAAACCGACAAAACGACGGCUCAGACUCAACCUUCAGUUUGGUGUAGAAAAAAAAUUUCAUAUUAUUUUUUUUCCAACUUUUUUCCAAAGUACUGAAUUCUUUCCACAUUUUUUUUUUCGCGAGAUUUUUUUCAAAUUUUAUCAUUCAUUGCCAAUAGAAAGAUUUUUCUCAGAUAUAAGUUGCUAUGCUGGUUGCUGAAAAAGAGACCUGCUUGUGCUCCGUGCAGUUGUGUGUAAGUUUCUUUUAAAAAUAUAAAUUUUUUCCUACGUUUUUUUUUUUAGAAAAAAGUUUUUUUUAAAAGCAUUUUUUAAAAAUAAAUGUUCAUGUUAGAAGUUAUACGAAGUUGUUCAAGGCAAAUAAGUGCUUUUCUAUGAAUACAUGAUGGCAGAAACUUUUCUAACCUUUUUGUUCCGAGGUUUUUAACGCGCUUCGAAAGCAAUUUACGACCGACAUUUUGCGCUCUGUCUCUCUGUCGUCUCUCUCCACUCGAAUUGUUCUGUCUUUACCUCACCAAAAACUCGGGUUGAUUUUUUUCCAUCAUAUUUUUCAUUUUUGAUUGAAGUUGCAGUUAUAUAAUCUCUCUAAAAAAACUUAGAUAGUCAUUGUUUCUUUUUAUUGAAAUAAGAAGAAAUUAAAAGGCCUUUAAAUAGUGUUACAAUACAGGUGAGUACAGGCGAGAAAAAGGCGUCAAAAAUCGGCGUUAACGGGCGUACGCAUGCGUUUCUUCUAACGAAUCGCUCAUCUCUCGCUGAAAACUCGCAAACGUCUUGCAAUUUAUCGCUAUCUUCUUUUAAAAACUUUUGUAAGACACCUUUUAUAAAAAAGAGCGAUAAAGAAGCGAAACUUUGACGAGGUCACGGCGUUACCGAGAAUAAAAGUUCGUGCCACCGCUCUGUGCGGUCAGCUGUUUUUGCCGCAAAACACCACGACGCAAAUAUGAACCAUCAACUCAAGAUUGGCGAGUUGCCAACAAUCUUCAAUCAAAUUUUUUCAUUUUUCGUUAACGAUUUUUUCAUGGUUAUGGAUGAUAACGGUUAUUUUACAGUUUUCACGUGAUUAGUAGGUGAUUAAAAGGUGAAAAAGGAUUUAUUAGAUUUUUUGCUAGUAGGGUUUUUUUUGGGUAAUGGAGCAAACUUUGCCAAUUUUGCUAUGAAGACAUCAACAUUAACUAAAAAAGUUAUUAUGUAUAUUAAAUAGUUGCUUUUAUUACUUUUGAACUUUUAUUACUUAUCUUUUUCAUGGUUUUUCUUAGCAUGAUUCUGCAAUAACGACUGUAGCCCAGAUUAAAUCAAAAACAAUCGAAAAAGAACCUCAAGGUUUUUGCUGUGAAUUGAGAUUGCCUAGGUGACAAAUUGCUUACAAAUAUGGACGUUUUGAUGCCAACGAUGAGUGGCCGACCGCCAAAAGCGUCCUUUGUGUGGUUUCCGCAAAUAUCCACUUUCGAUUUUUUUUUUUUCCUCUACUGGAAAACGACAUACAUAACGCUACUAAUUGUUUUUUUCCGGUUUUUCUCUCGGGGUGAAGGAUAUAUUUCCGGGAAGGCAAAAAAAGUUUCAAGAAGUCAGGCAGAGGAACUAACGCUCAUCAACGUUGCAUUUAAAAGGAGAAGCAUCUGUUUCUCUCUUUCACUCACUCUUUCCCACGCUUUUCAUCUUCGAGCUCCCGUUUCAUUUCCCUUUAAAAGAAGUUAAUCUCAUCGAUUUAGUUUUUUUAUCGAAUUCGUUUUUUUUAGAUUUGUAGAAAUUCAUAACUCUAGCAAAAAAAUGCAGCAGCUUAACAAAUUUAAUUUGUUUAUUUUUUUCAAAGUUUGUGCCAAUAUGUUUAUUCAACAAUAGCUCUUGAAGUGAAAAAAACUAAUCGAAAAAAAUAUUAAUAGUUUAUGAUAACAGUUUUUCCUUCUCAGCAAUAUGAAAACUGAACUUUUUUUGAUUUCGCAUUUCCUGAAUGGAACAGGAUGUGCGUCAUUUUCAUUUGAAAAAAAUCUUUUUAAUUGAUUCGCAGAAUCUUGCAGAUUUUUUCAAAACAGCAUGAAGUCGGCAUAGAGCGUUUAUUUUAUUCAUUUCAAAUAAUUAAAUAACUUUUUCUUGAAUCAAAUAGGAAGUUUUGAUAAAACACCUUUUUUGGUUUUUUUAAUUUUCAGCUUUCAGGCGCAAUAAAAGGAUGUCGCCAGGCGCCUCACGACUUUAUGAGCUUCAGCCGGAUCCAUACGAUUAUUCACAGAGGCGUUCAGUUCGCCUCUGCCUUUUCAAUAAUGUGAAAAAUGCGGUGAUUUUUUUUUUAAAUUUGAGCUUAAUGUAUAUAAUUUUUAGGAGCAACUGCGAGAAGCGUUGGCCAAAGGAGAUAUUGACGCCGCGCUGAUUCGCGCUGAGCUUGUGAAUUUUUUUUUACAAAUUUUAUCAAUUGCUUUUUUUUUGAGAAAGACAGAUCUUGAAAUUUUCACAAAUCUUUCCUUUGAUAGAUUCUCUACAGUAUUUUCUAUUUUCUUGAAUUGAAUCUCAUAGUAUUUUUCUCGUAUUGGUUUUUAACGUUUUUCAAUUUUAAAAUUUAGGUUCUGGAGCCUUUUAUUCUGCUGGCAGCGGCAAACCGAGCCGUUCAUCAAGCCGCGCACAAUCGCAUGACCUGUAGGAACCUUGUCGCCGAACUCGUUUAUUCUUUGUCGCCUAGUCGAAAUGUUCGUGUUUUUGGUACCUUCUUACGAGUGAUAUGAAUAUUCAUAUCAUUAAAAAAAAAGAAAAGUUUAUACACCUGGUUACAAAGUUGAAUGCCUUAAAAUUGCGGCGCUUCGAGCUAUUAGAUUUCGUUAGUUUCGUUGAAAUGGAAACAGCUUAAAAAAAAAUUGUUUUGAUUUCAAUCUUAAAGCUCUGAUUAGAAUGUGCAUUCAAAACAAUUUUUCUUUGACUAUGGUCAUAGUUUUCUGCUUCCAAAACCAAAAAAAAAAAUUUAAAAAAUUCAAAAAACAAGUUGUUAAUGUCGCUUUGAAGAUCUCCGAUUCCCUUGUCACCUUCGGCAUCGCUGAACAAAGCAAAGCUAUAAUCGCGGCCAUUUUUGACGAUAAGGUCUGAGAAUUUAAUUUCAAAAGAUUCAUUUUCAAUUCAGGAUGGUUCGAAAAUGAAAAAGUUGGCCAAGAAGAUCGAGGGCAAUAUUGAGUCCCUCGACAAUUUACCGAACAUUGCCAAUUUCCCCAUAAUCAAACAGGUUUUUUUUUCAUAACUUUACGCUUUGAAAUUUAUAAAAAAAUAUAAUCUUUCAGAUUUAUCAGAUUGGAAAUCCAAAUUUUCCGGAGGAAUCGGUCGUUGAUCAUAUCGUUUCGAGGCUGGUUUCGAAAGAUUUUGUGUCAUGAAACAUUUUCCCACCAAGUUUUCCCGGGACUUUAGGCAUGAGAAUUUCGGUCUGCAAUUGGAUUUGAAGCCCAUAACUUGGGAAAUUUUUUUCAUUGUACUUUUUCAUGUUGAUGAAACGGUUAAAUUUCAUUUGAGAAAAAAACAAAUAUAAAAAAAGCCAUAGAAAGACCGUGAAUUUUCUUGCAUACAGUUUCCGAUCCCCAGUCUUCGGGUCCUCUAGUUGGCUCGGAAUGCCCUUUAGUUUUUCUUUUUUGCUAAUUCUACACUAUUUUCAUCAAUCUAUUCCCCACGGAUAGUUCUUUUUUCCAUUCUUUGUUCUCGGUGGACGAUUUAGGGUUUUCUUUCUACUGCCCAAUUUUAACCUUUGCUGCAUUUUUCGUUGUUCCUCUCGUAGACCAAUUAUACGCUUGUAUUUUUUGUUGUUCCAUUUCUGUAUUAAUAAAUCAUUUAGACUUGAAUUUUUCUCUGAGAUUCAUCUCCUUUUAAAAUGUGAUUAUGAUUCAGGAAGAAAAAGCAUCGCAAGACACCCCAAAAAAUUUUGGAGACAAUCAUUGUUGCUUUGGGAAGAAGAAGGGAAUGGUUUUACGAAAAAUCUGUUUCAAAGGUUUUCUAGUCUUGCAAAUUUUUUUAACUUUGCUGUUUCAGAUAAUUUACAGGAGUUUUCCCGCCUCAAAAUUCUCGAUAAUGAAGAAAACAAAAGUUUUUUUUUUUCUAAAGAUCCUAUCGAGUCGGGGAGAAGGGAUGGAAAAAGAAAAAGUCACAUCGACCAUAGUGAUUUGGAAAUGUUUUGAAUUAUUUUCUCUUUCCCUAAUUUCAGUAACAAAAAAUUAGUUCGAAAGCGUCACUAUUUCGUGGAAAAGCAAGCUGAUAAAUCAAAUUGACGGCUCUUGGCUUGAUAAGGAAUGUGAUGAGCCCACUUCGAAUUUACGACGAACAACUGCAGCGCACCUUUUUUGUGUAAGUUUUUGCGAUAUUUUUUUUAAUUGAAAAAUGGAGACUUGUGAUGGUGAUAAAAAUGAAAAAAAUCAGGAAUGUGGUUUUGGAAAAAUUCUAGUGCAGAUGGAAUAGGGGCGCACCGAGAGGACGAUCGAAGCCUUAUCAAUUUGUAUUUUCUGCCGCGAGACGGUCUCGACUUAAUUUCAAUGGGCUGUUUAUUCUUACUAUUUUAAAUUUUUUUUUUCACAUCAAACUCCGUCAUCCCAAUUGAGAAAAAAAAGGUUGAGAAAUCACAAAAUUAUCUUUCAAGUUUGGCAAGACUAGUUAUUGAGAAAAAAAGUACAAAACAUCCGGUGUUUAGUCUCUUUUUUUACAAGCUCCGUUUUGCUCAAUGAAUUUGAAAAAUUCAAGAAGCUCCGAAGUCGUGCGAAAAGAUCAGAAUGCAGUCGCCGUUCGACGCCGACGACUUCAUGCGCCGUGGCCUUUUCGGCUCACUCAUGGGGUUCCGGCGUUCAUCUGCCAAAUCAGGUUGAUAAUAAUUCAUUAACAAAGAAAAAUAGCUACUGACAAUUCGAAGAAUAAGAAAUAAAUUAGAAAAAAAAACUGAAAUGCGUGAAAUAAAUUAAAACCCGAUUUUUUCAGCAUCCCAACGAGUACAGUAAACGUAGACUUAAGUAAUCAAGAAAAUAAUUUUCUUCAAAAAGUUUGGCCUGCACGUUCGCGCACUGGUUAUUCCUACUCCGAACCAGAUUUUGAUUAUUUUUUUCUAAUAAUUCGUAAUCGCCGUUCAGUAUGAGCUAUUAAAAAUAUUAAAAGUGAGAGCUGCGCUGAUUAUCUGCUAAUCUCCAAAGAGAAACUACGUUUGAGGGAACCGUUUUGAUAUUAUGCAUUACGUCAACAAAUGUUGCAUCAUUACGCUGGCUUGGCCUUUUUUGUUCGUCUCCUGAACAUAAAUUUCGUCUUCUCUCUUUUUUUUUCUCAUUAUUUUCUCUGCUGGCGCACGAGAAGUUUUCAAUUUUGAUGAUUCAUUCAAUGUUUUACUUAUUUAGAUAAAAUGUGAAUCUAGUGCUUUAAAAAAACUGAUUUAAAAUAAGAUACUGCGAGAAAAGUUUUCAAUUUUGGUUUAAACAACGUGAGCAUCUACGAAAAAUUCGUAAAUUUUUUUUUCUCGUCUCAUCUCACAUCUCCGCGCUACAUGAAUGUUUAUUUCGCUCACAGACAGAUCUGUGGCGUGGAGGAAGAGAACCAUGAAAGUUAUAUUUGCCUCCACUUCGAUAAAGUUCCACUUUAAUCUAAAAAUAUUUUAGGUCGAAAUCGAAGAGAAUCAAAAAGAAAAGUAAUCUAUAAACGAGUUGAAUCAUUUUGUGAAAUUUGCAGCUUCCUUAUUUUUCCCAGAAUUGCAUUUUCCCAGAUUUGCUAUACCACGAGUUGUUAUUUCCAACUAGAUGUGCAGAAUCAAAGAAAUCGAACCCAUUUACAGAAACAGUAACCCAUCAACAGGCGGCAUCGUCUCAGCCACAGAACAGCGUUCGUGCUGCGCGCGUCGCACCGCCGCUCCGGUGCUCUGAGCCGAAAUUCGUCGUUCCCGCGAUUGUGACCGAACCGUCGCCGCCGUUGCCGACGCCGAUCCGCAGCAAGUACGACAUUUACCGAGAAAUCGUCACCGAGGCCGAACAACUCGAGCGCAGCAACACGGUGUGAAAGUUUGACCCAAUGCAGAUAUCCAACCCAUAAAAUCAGCCGCGGCGGAAAAAGUUUUCAUUCAAAAACCGUAUGAAUGAGAGAAAAAAAAACGGCGGUCAUUUUUCUUCGCUUCUGGGUAUUCCUCGGAAACUGACCAGAAUGUUACUUGAUGAAGAAAAAUAUGUAAAGAAAGAAAAAACAGUUCAAAUUAGCCAUUAUCUGAAGCGGAUUUUUUCGAAACUUGGGAAGUUUUGCAAUUUUUUCCAAUUUUCCGAAUCUCCUUCUAGCUCAUCAAAGUAAUUUUGACAGAUUUCCAAAUAAUUUGAAUUUGAAACCGCGAAAUAAAAGACCUUCUUUUUGAGUAAUUUCCAAAAAUUUUCCAGCCGCCAAAAAACACUUUUCUCGUCAGACUCCACUAGAUCGAGUACAUCAGUAAAGAUACGAAAUUUUCUUGCUCCAAGCUUUUUUGUAUGGAAACUUUCUGAGGUACACUUUUUUCUUCGAACUGAAGUCUAUCCGUGGUUUUAUAAAGAACGAACUUCAGAAAAAUUGAAAAAGGGUUACCAAAUAGCCGUUAUUUCGUAUCUUUUCUGAUGGAACUAUACAAUAUCUCCUCAACUCUUUUAGGUUUCCCAAAUGUGCCUUUUAGGGCACGUUGUUCAAUUGGCCAUAAACGGAUCACGAUUGGUUACUUGUUCAGGCGACGCCAAUCUCGGAGUUUGCCUCGUGUCCAACGUCACCAACCACACAGCCCUAUGUAGAACUGUUGGCCGCGACAACUAUGUCGUCGCCACCGCCGCCGGCGCCACUGACGCCGGGAUUGAAUUCCGCGCCUCCACCGCAGUUUGGCUUGGAGAGCUCAAGCUCGUAUGGAUUUCCAAUGUCGCCCCUGUCGCACCAAAACGCGCAUCCAGAUCCAAAACUCCUUGAUUACAUGAUGGGCUCUCGUGAGUAAUUACUGAUCUGAUCUGUCUAAAUUUCUCAUUUUUAUUCAAGCCUUCAAGGUCCGCUUUAAAUUUUUGCCUCAUAACAAAGAGCGAAAAAUGAGGAGCUAUGAUGAAAAAAUGGUUUCCGCAGAUCAAGCUACUGGAGAUUAUGAGAUUAAAAUCACUAGGAGCCGUUUUUUCGAAGCUGCUUCAUAGUCUAGGCUUAUACAACUUGAUGUGCUGAUGGAACAUUUUUGGAUCAGAAGCGAUGACCAAAAUUUUUAUAUUUUGAACCAAAUAGGAUAGUAUACUAUGACGCUCACUAGGAAGGUCUUUUCUUUUUGCGAUUGAAAGUAUCCUGUAAAUAGCCUACAAUAUCCUUCGAGGUACCAGAAGAAGAUUCUGUAAGUUUCAACCUGCACAACUUUUUAGUUUUCCAGAGCCAAGGGCUCAAAGUUCAAAAAUAGCCUCUGAGAUUUUUAGGAUCUUCGUUUGGUACAUCAAAGGUUAUGCUGGCCGAUUUUUAGAAAACUUCCAAUCACGAUGUAAAAGGAGCUUACUUGUCCGGAAAACAGAUCUGACCAGAAUUGUUUGAGAAUGCGGCUCCGGAAUGCCACCUCCGUACUAUAUGCCGGCGGUCUCGUUUGAUGGGGCUCCUCCUUACGUUUUGCUAGAUCCAAACAUGGCUCUCAACGGUGCAGUCAAACAAGAAGUUCUCGAUAAAUAUGCGACGGUUUGAAAAUUUCUUAUUUGGCGGCUGAAAAAGUUUUUCAGCAGUCCCAGGCGAUAUCGAUUGAGGAAAUUGUGAAAUUGGUGGUUUCGGCGAUGCGGACGGGAGAAGAGAAAGAAGAGAAUCCAGAGGAAGUGUUAAGGAAGAAAAGAAAUCAGGUUUUUGCCGAUAUUUGUGUGUUUUGCCGAGAAUAGGCGUUUGAAGAACAACUUGGCUGCGGCAAGAUAUCGGCAACGGCAGAAGGAAGCCCGGAAGGUGGCCCACGAAGAAGUUGUCCUGCUGAAGAAGCGCAACGGCGACUUGAAGGCGACGAUAGAAUGCCUCGAACGGGAAAUCUCUCAUCUGAAGGCCUUAGUCCUCACACCGUCCGCAGUCGCCGCAGUACAGCAACACACUUUCAACUAG